AUGCCGAGCUUCAUGCGCGCCAAGAGCCUGACUCGAUUGAAGAGCGCGAACGAUGAGAAGCUCGCGCGCGGAGGAUCGCUCGCGCGAUGGAAGAGCGCGUUGGGACCGGUGGAGACGCAGACGACUGGGGACAUGGCGAAGUGCGUCGUGCCGGUGUUCGAGGCGGGGAUGGAGACGCUGGCGGACGAGGCUGGAGACGCGUCGUGGAGCGAAAAUCUUAGCGGGGAGGGAUUUAAACUUCGAGGGAAGACGUACAAGCAGGAUAAGAAGAAGACGCCGAGCGGUGAACCGUUUUAUAACGUAAAGGGGGUGUUGUCGUUUAAGAGCGACGAAAAGGUGGGCGAUUGGAUUAAAAACUUGUUCGCGGAUGAUCUAGGGAAGAAGAUCAAGGGCCAAGUGCCGUCGGUGAUCAUCGUGAAUAUCAUGGUUCCGGACUAUAAACCGACGGGGGGGAUGUUCGCGAAGAAGGAAAACGAUGGUCCGGGUCACAACGUCGUGCUUUUGUGUAAAAUCAGCGACUUCGCGCGGAAAACGUUGGAAGAGACAGAAGAUUGGGAAACGCUGCCGGCUGAUUUUAAAUUGUUGAUUAGAUACGUCAAGGGCGAUGGAACCGGAAAUGUGGACACGCACCCACACGAACUGGCUGUUCGUCAGCAAACGAAGAUGGUCGUCAUGGUUGUCGCAGGAAACGCAGCUUUACCGUGGAUUGUUCGACAAGCGGUGAACCACGGUAACGGUAAACCUUUCAUGGUGAACCGAACUUCUUCUUACAUCGAGCGAUCCGGCGCUUUGGAAAUCAACGUCGACGCUCACAACUUCAGUAACGUUGCGCUGAACGGCUUGAGGACCGUGCACACGUCGCUCGGUAAACUGAUCCUCGACGUCGGUGCGACGGUUCAAGGGGAGACCGAAUAUGAGCUCCCCGAGAGAUUGUUGUUUUCGUGCAGGAUAAACUACGCCAAGAUAGAACGCAUCGUAGCGCACGUCGAUAUGCUCGAGGCUUACCCGAAAGACCGCGCCUGGUUGAACGAUAUCCGCAAAAGACUCGAGUAG